AUGGCAACCUCACCAACAGCUGAUUUAAACCCCUCUCAAAUCGAUGAUCCCACCGUUAAGGAUAGGCUAAAGGAGCCUUUUACUUGGGGCUGGGUGGUGUAUAGAUGUUCGUAUGGCGACGAAGAGAUAUGGCAGCGAAUGCUGAAGAGCCUCCAGAAGUCAGUUGAAGAUAGUCUUGCUUUAUAUCAACGGAUGGACCUGCUUCCUUCCCAUAGAAUGACAAUCAUGGAAUGCAAGGAUAAAUUCGAUGGAGCCACAUCGCAUGAUAUCCGCGAUCACUUCACAAACUGGGUUGCCGACACGUUGGUGGAUAAAUUGGUUAUCACACCGUCUGAGUCUGAUCAGCAAAUGAUGCGAGAGAUCUAUUCUCCUACUCCUGGUCCAGAGUGGAAUCUUGGCACUCGGCACAAUUUUUGUCUCUUUGUUGAUGAUAUUUGCUUAGAGUCGUUGAAACAUAUGAGUGAUCCUGUUAUAAAGCUGCUUGGAAAAAAAUUCGGCGUGCGAGAGCCAGGAGACAGAGACUAUAUUGUAUACCCUGGUUGGGAGGAUGGCGAUACAGACUGCGAGGAGGAAGAUGUUGGCUGGAUAUAUAUCGAAAUCUUGGACCAUGUUUCAUUAUAUGAUAUGCUGAUGCAGACGGAUUUCUGGUACGAUUUAUAUUCUAGACCACCUCUUAUGUGGAACAUGUUCGAUAGAACAAUGCCCGAUAGACAUCCCACCAGGCGCGAAAAGGCGAAAACACAAAAUUGA